GUUUCUUUUCACGCGCGCCGAAUCAUGGCUGGCUGAAAGCACAACAAGAAGAGUGCACACUGUAUAUGCGGGGCAUUCUUCUCAACUUCUAUUAUCCUCUCUCAAGAAUCGUUAACAAUAAAGAAUCAUGAACGGGUCUUGGUCUGUAUCCGGCCGAGAUUAUAUCAGCUAUGUUAUAUUGCGAAUGUCUUGAUAGUGUGUCUCUAAGGCAUACACUACUGCAGAAUAUGCUGACUGAAUGCACGAUGCUUUGCGGGGACGAUGCAAACAUUAAUCUCGAGGACUGUUUCGACCUAAUAUCUUCCUUGUUCAUUCUUCUACAAUAUCUUUCGAUUGUACCAAGUUACGAGUUAUUCAUUCCAAGUCGGAUAGAGUCUUGGAAGGUCCUCAUCUUCUUCUACAUCUCUCGCGAGAGGUCCUAAAACUGUGACCCCAACUUAAAUGACAUCAACUCUAUUCUGUGAUAGAAACUAUCAAAUAGAAGAAUCAACCAAAUCAUACAACUCUCUUGACGAAUGGACUACCAUAUUCCAGUUUAUAUAAUCAUUCCAGUACAGGAUAAUCUUGAGC